AAAGUUAAAAACAAAUCUUGGUGCUGUCAGUGGUGAUAACACUGUAGCCUCGGUGUUCACUUCAUUUGACUGCAGACACAGAGUUUGUUCAUCAACGGAGAGGACGGAGCAGAGCGCUUCUGAGCUAAAAUGACCGAAGAGAAAAGAUACGACCCCAGAGACACGACGCUGAAAUUCGUCAACAGGCCCGAUGAUCUGGAUCCUCUACCUCCAGAGGAAGGAGACCAGGGUCUCAGAGCACAGAUGUCCUGCGGCCAUGCAGUCACCCCGGAGUCGCUCACUGGGUGGUGUCGCAGCCUGUUGGAUCAGGGCCAGUACAAAUUUAAGUGCCCAGCUCUAAAGAAUGGUACGUUGCAUAAGUGUGAUGCAGCGUGGUCCUACCAAGAGGUGCGCAGGCUGGCAGUACUGACAACAGAAGAAAUGGAGUACUUUGAAGAGAACAUCGCCCUCCUAGCUGCCACAGAGUACUGUGAAUUUAAAACUUGUCCUGGUUGCAAAACCUAUGUGGAGAGAGAGGACCUGACCAACCUUAAUGUUCAGUGCACAAUCUGCACAGCUGACAAGAAGAAAGUGUACCAUUUCUGCUGGCAGUGUUUGAAGCCAUGGAAAGGUACCGCUCCACGCUCUGACCGCUGUGACAACGAUGGAUGCAUCAAUCAUGACCUUGAACUUCUCAAGAACUGCAAGACUACCGCUCUCCCUCAAGUUCCAGGGGUCGAUGCCUGUCCCUCCAUCCGGGCCUGUCCCACCUGUGGUCAGAGGGUGGAGCACGACAAAACAGGCUGCAAGAACGUCAUCUGUCCUCGCUGUCAGAAAGAGUUCUGCUUUGUGUGUCUGAAACUCACUCCUGAGUGCUUAAAAACAAGUUCUUACUUCAUACCCUGCAGUGAUGGUGUGGCUCCCAGACAAACAUCAAUACCCGUGUGGCGCAGAAACUAAGACACAGCAUGCUCUCUGAGUCAUUACACAUUAUCCUUCUGUCCUGUUUAGACCUUUUCAUCCAGAGAUUUUAAUUGAGAGCAUUGAGAGAAGCCAAAGCUUUUACAGCCUGACUUGUUCAUGUGCAUUAAACAGUGGUAAACUAUG